UCAAACAAACCCUGCGAGGAGCAGGAUGUCCCAGCGAGACAAAGGCAGGCUGUGAGCAUCAUGUACGUGAGCUAUCUGUUGGAUAAAGACACCAGCAUGUAUCCGGGCUCCGCAAGGUGCACCAGCAACAACCUGCCCGUGCAAAACUUCGUGUCUGCUCCAGCCUACCCCGACUACAUGGGAUACCACCCCGUGCCAGCCCUGGACAGCCACGGGCAGCCAGCGCCAGCCUGGGGCUCCCACUACGGCGCCCAGCGCGAGGACUGGAGCGCCUACGGCCCAGGCCCUUCCAGCGCCCUGCCCGCUGCCCACAUCAAUGGCUCGUCCCCUGGCCAGGGCUCCUACAGCUCUGCUGAGUACAGCUCCCUGCACCCCGCUGCUGCUGCUGCUGCGCCCUUACCUCCUGCAGACACCAGCCAUGGCCAGCAGAUCUCUCCCAACAGCCAAAGGCACAGCUCUUAUGAGUGGAUGAGGAAAACCGUGCAAUCCACUUCCACAGGUAAAACAAGAACGAGAGAGAAGUACCGAGUGGUUUACACAGAUCAUCAGAGAUUAGAAUUAGAGAAGGAGUUUCAUUACAACAGAUACAUUACAAUCAGGAGGAAGUCUGAACUUGCUGCAAACCUAAGACUUUCCGAGAGACAGGUGAAAAUCUGGUUCCAGAACCGCAGAGCCAAGGAGAGAAAACUAAUGAAGAAGAAGAUGACUCACUUCGAUGGCAGCAGCCUCGGCUCCCUGCAGAGUGACUCUGGCUCCGUGAGCCCGAUGCCCGUUCCCGAGGCACAGACUCACUCGGAAAUGCCCGGCUCUUUAUUCCCAGCGCCGCCCGCCCCCGCCGCUCUCCCCAUGGGCGGCUUGCAGCACGCAGGGACCCUGCAGCAGGUGGUGGCCUCGCAGUGA